AUGGAACGUAGUAGCAAUAACUCUGAUCAAAACUUGCGGUCGGGAGACGCAAACAGUGCUGAUCUUCCGCACCUCGAAGUACUGUACCCAAGGGUUCUUUCAACGCCGUUCUAUAUCGCGAUAUGCGGCUCCCCGACCCAGUCCAUCGAGAUCUCUCGGGGCACAUUCCCUGCCGGUGCCACCCCAUGCACGACGAUCCCGCCGUGGGAGACUCGCCGCGAGCACCAUUUCCUGUUUUACGCCCUCCUCGUGCUGUUCCCAGGGACCAAUGAACAACAACGCCGCUUGCAAGAGAUGAUCAACCCUCUACAACCACGCACUUGGGAGAGAUCCUGCCACAGGCAGAAGCAUGGUCCCCGCCUACUGUGGACAACCACUUGGUUGGUGGUGACACUCAUUGGUGCCCAGCCGGACCCCCCGUUUGCAGUCGCUGGCUGGCUCUACGCGUAAACCACUCUUGCCAAUGUUGCCGCCUUGCCGCCACACCGUUCGCCAACAUUGCCUUAGGGGCUGUCAACGAGGUGUGGCGUGGCUUCAGAAUCAGAUUUGAGAGGGGACCCCCAGGCUCCGCGAGAGUUUCAUGCAG